AACAUGAAUGAAGUUUUUUUCUUUUUGACUGAAACAUUAAUAAAGUUGUUAGGUUAAAUGAUUUUUGUUCUUUUUCUACACAUGGAUCAAAUGGGCUAGUGUAGGAGUAGUGGAUCUACCUGAGAAAAAAAUGAAGCUUCUCUUGGAUUCUCCUGUAAUGAUAUUAAUGUCCUACCACAGCAUUGUUUUAUACAACCUCAAACAUUUUAAAAACAUAUUCUGACAUAUGAAUCCAAAUCUAACAUUUCACUCGGUUCAAGGUUGCCUAUUCUUUCCUUUUUUGUUAAUUCCAUUCAUACUUCAAACUUUUUCUCUUGGCCACCUUAAAUUAAUCACAAAUUUUGAUCCCUUCCUCAGAAACCCUUCUAUAGCAAGUUUCAUUCUUUGGUUUCUUCACACCCAAGAAAAAAAUAAAAAACUUUCUUCACACUGCAUAUUUUUGUUCAUUUUUUGAUCCAAAGCUUUGAUUUUUAGUUAUAAAUCUGCAUAAUUUUGUUGAAUUUUAUCUGUUUUUUUUCUUUCCCUUUUCACACUUUUACUUGAUCUUUUUGAAGCUUUGAUCUUGCAUCUGAUAAAAAUCCCAUCCUUCUGAUUUUGUGCUAUAAUCAUGGGUGUUUGUCUGAGCAGAAAAGAAUUAGAACCAAAACAUAGACAUGUUGGUGUUUCUGGUAAGCACAAUCAAAAUAAAAAUCCCAAUCACAAUCACUGCUACGAUCAUAAUAACAAGAAUCAUGAACCAUUUGUGAAGCAAUCAAAACCCCCUUUUCAACAACCUUACCAAUUACCAGAUAAACAUGCACCAAGUCCAAAACCAACUGUUAAAAGGUCAGAUACAAACACAAUUCCAGGUAAACAAUUUGAAGAUGUGAAACAAAUUUACACACUUGGGAAAGAAUUAGGAAGAGGACAAUUUGGCGUGACUUACCUUUGUACUGAGAAUUCAACUGGAUUGAAAUAUGCUUGCAAAUCAAUUUCUAAGAGGAAUCUUGUUAGUGAACCUGAUAAGGAAGAAAUAAAGAGGGAGAUUCAAAUCAUGCAGCAUAUGAGUGGACAACCAAAUAUUGUUGAGUUUAAAGGUGCUUAUGAGGAUGAAAAUUCAGUUCAUGUUGUUAUGGAACUUUGUGCUGGUGGUGAACUUUAUGAUACGAUUAUUGCCAAAGGGAAAUAUAGUGAAAGAGAUGCAGCUUCAAUUUUUAGACAAAUUGUUAAUGUUGUUCAUAUUUGUCAUUUUAUGGGUGUGAUGCAUAGAGAUUUGAAGCCAGAAAAUUUCUUGUUGUCUAGUAAGGAUGAUAAGGCAACUAUCAAGGCCGCUGAUUUCGGUUUGUCGGUUUUCAUUGAAGAAGGAAAGGUAUAUCAGGAUAUAGUUGGAAGUGCUUAUUAUGUUGCGCCAGAAGUUCUACGUCGUAAAUAUGGGAAGGAAAUAGAUAUAUGGAGUGCAGGAGUUAUAUUGUAUGUCUUACUUUCUGGUGUGCCUCCAUUUUGGGCAGAGACGGAAAAAGGAAUAUUUGAUGCCAUAUUGCAAGGUCGUAUUGACUUUGAAAGUCUUCCAUGGCCAAUCAUAUCAAACUGUGCUAAGGACCUUGUUAGCAAGAUGCUUAUACAAGAUCCAAACAAACGUAUCACAGCUUCUCAGGUUCUAGAGCAUCCUUGGCUUAAAGAAGGUAGAGAUGCUUCUGAUAAACCAAUAGAAAGUGCAGUUCUUUCCAGAAGAGAUUCGGCUCAAUAUUUCUAUCUUCAAUCACAUAUGAGGAAUUGUUGGCAGGAUUACAAAGACUCAGCUCAAUAUUCGGAUAAUUAAUAACAAUAGAUGGUAGAAUUAACUAUGAAGAAUUUUGUACAAUGAUGAGGAGUGAAGUGGAGUGGAGUCCAACAACAAGACAAGAUAUCUAAUCUAAAUAAACCACACAAUUAUGUCACUAGUUUUAUACAUCAUGUGAUAGACAUGUAAAGAUUUUAAUAUAGAUUUGUAGUAGUGAAAAGUUAAAAUGCUCUGCUUGAGUGGUUAU